AAAAACUUGAUCAGCUGCACAUACGAGGAGAGUUACUUCGAUUAUUGAUGCCGAAUUUCUCUGUUUAGACAACCUUUCUGGAACCAUAGCGUCAGCAGAUAUACAGAUGAGAUAAUCAACGACUUGUAGUUACACCCAACUGGAGAUUUAGCCUCUGGUGUGGACGGAAAACCCUACAGUAUCAUGGCUGAGGAGACCCCUUCCAGUGCCCAGGGAUCUGCCAGUAAACCAUCCAUGGUGGAGAUGGAGUCCAGCUUGUACCUUACUGCCUCACAGGGAUCUACCAUUAACCCAUUCGAGGUGGGGGUGGAAGACAGACUGCACCUCACAGCCCUCAGUCCCUCUGUGUUUGACAAGGUGGAGUCAACCCCCUCCUCAGGAAGCACGGAGUUCCGCUGGUCCAUUGACCAGAUGGCCAUCCUGCAUCCAGCAGACAUCCCAAUGGAGGAGGUCUCCAGGCAACAUGACACGCUGCAUCUGACCCAUGACAGAGAUGUGGAGGAGAAGGCACAGCGAGCCAUCAACCAGUUCUUCUCCCAGUCUGUCGUUGUGCCGUCACCAUGGACACAGUCAUCACCACGCAGGAAAACCAGGAUGACAGGACAGCAAGGUGGGACAGAAAGUGCUGACCAACAUGCAUCCUUCACAGAGACAGCAGCAAAAGAAGGAACAACACAUGCUUCAUGCCAGACAUUACUGACACUACCUCCAGACUUCGACUUGGAAGCCAUUCUGGGCCCUGAGCAUUUCUCUACACCCCAGCCUGUCCCAGAAGAUCAGGAGCAGGAGGUAUUAAGUACGUCAUCCCUGAGAAGGAAGCUGUUUUUCCAGGGUGACCUGUCCACCCCUUUCAGUCCUGUCAAGUCGAGCAGUCCAAAGUGUAAGAAAGGUGGUGGCCAGUCCAUAGACUCCCCACCCCUCUCACCUGUCAAUCAUGCUGCCUCGACCUGUCAACCACACGUCAGAAGCAGCCCACUGCUGAAGACACCAAGCUCUGGUUCCCAGUUUUCUUCAAGUCCUAUCAUCCUUAGCAAAAUGACACCCAGCAACAGACUGACCACCACACCCAAACCCAGCCGCUCAUCAAUCAUACCUGUUUCCAUGGGAACACCUGCAAUUUCACCCAUUGGAAAGUCAGUCUUCAGGACACCCAGCUCAAGUGACCGUGAUGUCAGUGUGUUCACCAUCCCCCCCACCCCCUCCUGCAGGAGAAUAAAGGGCACCCCCUCUCCCUGUAGUCAUGCAAGGCUCAGUGCCAUGACUACCCCAAACCUGUCCCCUAUUGGAGCUUUCCAACGGCACUGCAGACCUCCCAACUCAUACACCUCCACCAGCCCUCGAGAGAGUACAGCCAGACGGGGCAGCCAUGUCCUGUCUCUCAGCUUUGCAGAUGAGGACAAACCUCAACAGGAAGCUACUGAGUCGGACUGUCAGCCUGUCCUGAUCGGUUGCCCAGAGGUACAUGAUGGCCAACAGUCACUGAGUUCACCUGAGUCCCAAUCUAACAUGGAGCACAGCUGUAAUGGUAACACUACUGAGGACGAACUGCUAGCCAAUGGGAUCCUGGUAACCGUUAGCGAUGGAGGGUUCUGCGGAGAAAGAGCCAAUCGGAAGUACCCAGAUCACUACUACUGUGAUUUUAACAUCGUUCCCCCUGGUUCAGAGGUCAACCACGACUGCAGCCAGAUGCAGGUGGACAGUGGAAUCAACUGUCAGACUAGCUCGUCAAUGGAAGUGGAAGGGGCGGAAGAGAAGGAAAACUUGCGCAAUGUUUCUCGGAGACUUCAUACUGUGACAAAGUGUCAGCUUGAGAGUGUGCCAGAAAAUGUGUCCAUGGAGGUCAUGGAUGAGGACAAAAUGGCCGACAUGGUGAAGUACAGUCAAGGUCAAGCUGACUGUGACCCUGGGACAGAUGUGUUCUGCAGGAAGCAGCCACUAGUGGAAUCCAGCAAUCUACAAGAAGAUUUCCACAAUAGGUAGUAGGGCCAUGUGCUUUAGUUUUUGUAGGUUCUAGAUGCAGAGUAUAAAAGGUUGAACAGCACAUAACUGAUAACUAAAGAGAAAGGGGAAAUCAAGAGCUGAAGACAUCGGGACUGAAGAGAAAAAAGACAAGUUUUAGAGGUGACCUCAUCAUUGUUUUAAAAUCUAAUUGUCAAGCAAAGAUGCAAUGUUACUGAGAAUCCAAAGCCAAAGAAAAUUGCAUUUCAAUGUAUCAGUUUGUUAAUGAAGGUAGGAAAAAUUCAUUUCACCAUCAGAAUUUUGGGUGCCAAGGAAAAAAAUCAAGGUGCUAAAUGUGAUAAGAAAAUUUAUGCCGGGCUGGACACAUUUUCUAAAAUUCAAUGGCCACAUAUGGCAAGAACAUGUUCAUUCCAUCAUAGGGAGGUUUCAUAUGGUCCUCAAAGGUGUGAUGAGCAACCUUCUUUUUACUAAUCAGUUCUCAGCUUUGUUGCCACAGUUUUUGAGAGGAAAUUAUGUAUUUUUCAAGUGCAGCUAUGAUGCAACGUAUUGAUUAGCUUUAAACAUUGUCUUGUAAUUGAAAUGUUAGCUUUUUUACUAUGUGUAGCUGAUUACUAGUAAUUGUUCUUUGCGAUCUUUACAUGUGGGUCUAUGCUAAAUGCAUGUGACACCAAGUCAAAUAUGUCACUUACUCUCCAAAGUAUUUUUCUACUGUCCAGUAUGUACGUAUGUCCACACAUAGUAUAUCCAUUUUUACACAUUUUUACACAUAGUUGAUUUGGGUCUUUGUCAGGUUAAUCAGGCCAGUGUACAUUCUAUGUACAUUCUAUGUUCCAUUUCAAAUGUGAAAAAGUAUUGCUAACCUUUGUAUAAGUCUUAGUUUUGUCUGAAAAUAUGUCCAUUUAAAUGUGCUUCUAAUGUUG